AUGCCAAAGCUUUAUACUUUAGUUGAUGUUUGCAUGGUCCCAAUUGGAUCAGGCUCAGCCAGUGUGUCCGACUUUGUUACUUUAGUGGAGAAGAAGAUUCGUGAAAGCCCCUUAAAGAGCACUUUACAUAGCGCGGGGACUACAAUUGAAGGACCAUGGGAUGAUGUCUUCAAAUUACUAGGAGAGAUUCAUGAGUUCGCUCACGAAAACGGUUACGUCAGAAUUCAGUCCUCAAUGAGAGUCGGUACAAGAACUGACAAACACCAAACCGCUCAGGAGAAAGUUGACACUGUCCUCAGGAAGCUUGAAGAGAGCAAGUAA